AUGGUAUUAUACACGACGGCAAGCGGGGCGCCGAAAACCGCUCCUGGCCACCCGUUCCUCUGCCGCCGUCCACCGCCUGCCGAUUCGGGGAAUGAGACUACCCGACCGGGCCUAGCGGCGCCAGCCCGUGCGUCCCUCGAACGAUUUCACCUCGUCCUCUCCUUUCUCUCUCCUUUUUUUUUCUCCAUUUCACUUUCCGUCACACCCGCGGCUGAACGGCACAGCGUCGCAUGGACCUCGCGCCAGCCACGUCAGCGAUUCUCAGCUCCUCCAGAAUCACUCCCACCGAGCCUGGCCAGCGCAGUUGAUUGGACUCCAGUUGGAUCAUAUUUGGCGAGUCUGGAUUUUGAGGCCGUUAUCGACCGCCAUAUCCCUGCUCCUGGUGGAGCAAGAACGAGAGCAAUGUGGUCGCUGCUGUAUCUGAACAAUGCCGCUGCCUAG